AUGUUUGUUGAGUUUCCCAUGAUCGACGGAAGCUUUCAUAGCCGUAGAAUAUUGCAAUGGAUCUUAAAAGCUUCUUCACGUCUUCCGAAAGCACAAUAUCUAUUAUUCUCCACAACUCAUGAGCUUGAACCUGAAGCCAUUCAUUUCUCAAAAUGUGAGUUCACUUUGCCCAUUUACCCUAUUGGCCUUACAAUACCAUAUUCAAACCUCUCUUCUUCUUCAACCUCUGAAAAAUCCUACUUUCAAUGGCUGGACAAACAACCAUCUUGUUCUGUGCUGUACAUCUCACAGGGAAGCUUCCUCUCAAUUUCAAAUGCUCAGAUUGAUGAAAUCGCAGCUGGUUUACGCUUAAGCGGUGGUUUCUGGUCUCAUUGUGGCUGGAAUUCUACUAAAGAAGGUGUGUUUUCCGGCAUCCCUUUCCUUACUUUUCCGAUAACUGCGGAUCAACAUUUUAACAGCAAAAUCAUAGUGGAAGAUUGGAAGGCUGGGUGGAGAGUGAAUAAAGAUUUUGAUCCUCAAAGAUUGAUGAGUAGAGAUGAGUUUGCUGGGUUGGUGCAGAAGUUUAUGGAUUUGGAUGAUGAAGAAGGAAAAGAAAUGAGGAAGAGAGCCAACGAGCUUCAAAGUAAGUGCAAGCUUUCAGCAGCAAAUGGUGGCUCUUCUGAAACUAAUGUCGAAACCUUUAUCACGGACAUAAUAAUGAAGGGUUAG